AUGCCUCCCAAGCAAGGCAAGAAAGCCACUCCGGCGCCUUUCCCCCAGAGUAAGGCGGGGGCUACUAAGAAGACCGCGAAGAAUCCCCUCAUCGAAAAGCGUCCUCGCAACUUCGGCAUAGGCCAAGACAUCCAACCGCGCCGCAACCUCUCGCGCAUGGUAAAGUGGCCCGAAUACGUCCGCCUACAACGCCAAAAGAAGAUCCUCAACCUCCGUCUCAAAGUCCCUCCUGCGAUCGCGCAGUUCUCCAACGUGCUCGACCGUAACACCGCCGCCCAAACCUUCAAGCUCCUCAACAAAUACAAGCCAGAAACCAAAGCCGAGAAGAAGGAACGAUUGCUCAAGGAAGCUACGGCUGUCACCGAGGGUAAGAAGAAGGAGGAUGUUAGCAAGAAGCCUUAUGCUGUGAAGUACGGGCUCAACCAUGUGGUGGGAUUAAUUGAGAACAAGAAGGCGGGCUUGGUGCUCAUUCCUAACGACGUGGAUCCGAUCGAGCUGGUAAUCUUCUUGCCCGCACUGUGCAGGAAGAUGGGUGUGCCGUAUGCUAUUGUCAAGGGCAAAGCCAGGUUGGGCGUUGUUGUGCACAAGAAGACCGCAGCUGUACUCGCCCUCACGGAAGUCCGCUCAGAAGACAAGUCCGAGCUUUCGAAGCUCGUCUCGACCAUCAAGGAAGGCUACUCAGAAAAGUACGAGGAAGCGAAGCGUCACUGGGGCGGAGGUAUCAUGGGGCAGAAAGCUAUCGCCAGGACGGAGAAGAAGCGUAAGGCUUUGGAAAGCGCUAUCAGGAUCUAG